AUGGAUCCUCCAUCUUGCGGGGGCGUAUCAAAGAGAAUGGACCACGCGUAUCCAUUGGGCUUAAGUGAUUACAAUCACAUGGGAUCGGACUUCGGGUUUAUUUUACUCCGUAACUCUCCACUGCUCCACCGGAGGAACUCUCCGAUCGGAAUACGAUAUUCAUAUAAUCAAAUGGCUAGCACUGCUUGUUUUAUGAUCAUUAGCAGAAAUGACAUUCCUAUAUACGAUGCAGAAGUUGGAAGUGCUCCUAAAAAAGAGGAAGCUGCACAUCAACACCAAUUCAUUCUCCAUGCAGCUUUAGAUGUUGUUCAGGAUCUUGCAUGGACAACAAGUGCCAUGUUUUUGAAAUCAGUUGACAGAUUCAAUGAUUUGGUGGUGUCAGUAUACGUUACAGCGGGUCAUAUCCUUUUUAUUUUUACCUUCUUUCAGGAGGUCCAUGAGCUUUAUAUAAAGAUUCUUUUGAAUCCUCUCUAUUUACCAGGAUCUCGUGUCACAUCUUCACAUUUUGAUACAAAGGUCCGGGCCCUUGCAAGAAGAUACCUAUGAGGCCCUCAUCUUAAAGCUUUAAAAGGGUAAAUUUGGAAUUAAGUUUAUUCAUAAUGCGGUAUUUUGUUUUGAUUCCGCUAUAUAAUUUUUAUAUACUUUAGCAUAUAUGCUAAGAAUUGAUGACUAAGUCUAUCUACAUGUUUGUUAUGAAUCAAGGAAGGAAUGGAAUAGUUGAUUCCAUAGAAAUGAAAAAAAAAAUGUGUUUGUUUUGCCGGA